AUGGUUUCCAGCUUGGUUGGUCAAUUUGUUUGCAUUGUGUUCUUCGUGGUGGUAUCCAUUUCCAGAGUUCGAGCUAAGCAAACAGUUUUUGAUGUGACGAAAAACGGCGGCGUUGCUGAUGGAAAAACUGAUAACAGCAAGGCCUUCACUGAUGCAUGGACUCAAGCUUGUCAAACAAAUGGAGGUGGUGUGAUCUUAUUUCCAACCGGGAAAUACUUGGUAAGGCCAGUGAUUUUGAAAGGGGAAUGCAAGGGGCCAAUUGGGUUGCAGAUAGAAGGGACCCUACUGGCUCCCCCAGGGGUCCAAUCUUCUGUUGAUAUGGACCAUUGGAUCAAAUUCCAACACGUUGACAACUUGGACAUCAAUGGUGGUGGUUUAUUGGAUGGGCAAGGACCCUCUGCUUGGCACCAUAACAACUGCCUGGAAGAUCCAGAAUGCAAGCGACUCCCUGCAGUAAGUUCUUGCCCUUCAUUUUGUUCAUUUUGUUCAAUAUAUAUAUCAUGGACUUGA